AUGAGUGUCGCGGCAACAACAGGCGAUAUGUCUAUCUUCUCACUACCUACAGAGCUCAUCCAGAGAAUCGCAAGAGACUAUUCGUCAACACCUGCGGAAGCCGCACUGGUGCUGACAUGUCAUCGGAUGUUCCAUAUCAUCGGCGGCAAGAGUUUUCAAGUGCUCGGCCGCAGAUCUUUCAGCCAGGAAACCAGAUACCUUCCAGAGCUCUACCUGUUGCGACCAAACAUACCCGAAGCCAUGCGACGUGACUACAAGCGACGUGAUGAGAAGCGCGAGUUCCUCCAGCUACUACUCAGGGACCUGCCAAAAGGCUAUGCGAUCUACUGCCACCAACACAUCAUUCUUCACAUCUGCCAGCCGAAGCCAUCGAAAGUUGAGGGUGCCAAACUCUGGAAGGAAACAUGCGCCUGUAAGGCACGAUAUCGGCUUCCACUAGGUGCCACAGGUGGUCCUCCUGUCGGUGCGGUACAACUGGUCGCCCGAGGUGCUGCUGGACUCGAGCAGCUGGCCCAUUACGAAAGUCUUGAGAAAUUCACUGUAGCUCAUCACAUCUGCUGCAUAGCCGACCAUCCGCGAGACUUUAGUACAGAGCCCACAAUGCCAAUCUACAAGGACGUGACUUGCUACGGUCGCAAGGUGGGCAAUAAUGUCGUGCUCGCCAUGCAAUAUCGCGCCCAUAUCUCAAAGAAGCGCUUGGCUUUCCACAAAGGCUGCGCAGACGAGACGAAGAAUCAUGCAUACUUGCUUCUUCGAUGGUCUAGAUUCGGUGGCAACGGCUUCGACUUAUACCUUGCCGUCCAGGACCUGAUCGACUUAGUCGCUUUAGGCCACGCCGCCAAGGAUAUCCCGAUGGGUUAUAUGGUAACACGCCGUCUAGGUGGCCUGGCCGGCAUUCCAUAUACCAGAGUCCGCAUCGCUACUACAAGAGGUGGCGCGGUCAAUGUGCAACUAGAUAUGUUCGCAGACCUUCGGCAAGGACUUGCACGACCACGCGUUCCGCAUCUGCCUCUGGGCAUCAUCGUCCUGGACGACAAUAUUGUGACUCGUCGUCGGCACAGGGCAACUGGGACAGCAGGACCAUACAUCGAUACCCAGGCCCUUCUGCAGCAGCGGUGGCUCCGUGAGACUGUGCAGGAGCAUUUCCAAGACCACGAGGAGAAGCUGGAGGAAGUAAGGAAGAGCAAGCUGCGCUGGAAAAUAUCCUCCAUACGUUUCGAGGGAGUACGAGCAGGGCUAUUCAGGAAGAAUUAA